UGUGACUGCGAUGAUGGCGCUGCAGCUGAAGAACGGGGAUGCAGCGUACUACCAGAGUGCGGAUUACUGCAGAAAUUACACCUCGCCGCCUGUCAGCUACGGUGACAGCAACCAUUAUCUUGCCCGAUUGCCAGGCCCGGAGACCAUGUUGAAACCUCCCCUGAGUCUCUUCAGCCACCCCCAGCAGCCUUUCCACCACAUGGACUCUCUGCACCAGCUGGGACCUCCGCCAAUGGCGCCUACGCAGCCUCUCGGUCCACCACCCCUUGCCCCUGCUCAGGCAAUGGGACCCCCAACUAUGGCUCCCACCCAGACUCUAGGCCCCCCUCCCAUGACUGCUACUCACACGUUAAGACACCCACCCAUUACCCCACCACACAGCUUAGGCCCCCCUCCAAUGGCCCCAGCUCAGCCACUAGGGCCUCCACCAAUGGCACACACCUUGGGGCCCCCACCUGUUGAUCACACACAAGCUAUAGUGCCUCCAACCAUGGACCUCAUACAACCGUUGGGGCCUCCACCUCUGAACCCUGCCCAAGCACUGGUGCCCCCACCUGUAGUUGCGCCUGGAGCCAGCCGAUUCCCCCUCCCUCCCAGCCCCAUGUCCUCCCCUCCUGCUCCAGGCCCAGACCCUUCACACCUCCCCCCAAGACCCCCAGGACCAGCUCUAAUUCCAUCCCCGAUGUCCUGCCUCAUUCCUGGUCCUCUGCCGGGUCAGGCUGCCCCAGCAAGCGAGCAGCCCCAGGAUGAGGGCUCUCUGCUGGGGAUGGAGGAGCAGGAAGACUCUCUGGGGUUGGGGGAACUGUGUAAACCACUGUACUGUAAACUCUGCAACGUUACCCUCAACUCUGCUCAGCAGGCACAAGCUCACUACCAGGGGAAGAACCACAGUAAAAAGUUAAGAAAUUUCUACGCUGGCAGUCAACAGCCUCCAGCCAUCAGAAUCCCAGAAGUCCUCGAGGCAGCUGGCCAGACAUCCCUCAGCUCAGGAUCAAACGACAGUGACGCAGGCAGGCAGGCGCAGUAUAAGGGGGCGACCCGGGUCAUCUUGGCCACAGAGAAUGACUAUUGUAAGCUGUGUGACGCCUCCUUCAGUUCACUGGCAGUGGCACAGGCCCACUACCAGGGCAAGAACCAUGCCAAGAAACUACGGCUCGCUGAGGCCCAACAGAACUCCAGUAACAUGGAAGGCAGCAGCGAGGCAGCCCCAAGAAGAAACAGGAAAGAUGGCAGCGAGUACAGACUGGUGAAAAACCGCCGCAGCCCACAGCUACCUGCUUCCAUGCCAGGGCCGUACUACAACCCUAGACCGAGGCAGCGCAUCCCCAGGGACUUGGCCAUGUGUGUGACUCCCAGCGGACAGUUCUACUGCUCCAUGUGCAACUGCGGAGCCGAGCAGGAGACGGACUUCAGGCAGCAUCUUGAAAGCAAGCAGCACAAAGCAAAAGUGUCAGAGUUAAGAUACCGCCACGAGAUGGAGAACCUCGGCUACAGCUAAGAGACACAAGCGGGGAGAGGGGGAGUAGACCGAGAUUAGAGUGGGACAGAAUAGGUGGAGAGACAGUACAAAUCCAAAGUGCAGGAAAGCAAAUACUACCCUGUGUUUGAAGGGCAUAUUUAGUGAAGGGAUUAGCCCAAAUGGCCUCAAGAUCUUGUUGCAAUUCAUUUGAUAUACACUUAAAUACUUAAAUCCUCGUAUUUGACAUAAUGUUCUACCAUAUGAAGCUAUAAUUGGAUUUGAUGGAUUUAUUUGAUCUGGGUAUUACUCUUGAAAUUUAGUCUGUAUUUUACAGCAGGCUGGAACAUGUGCCCAGAGAACAGGAGUUUGUGGAAAGGGUGGAUUUUUGAUGGGGAAGUCAAAACGUCUCUUUUUUAAGACACUGACACAGAUCACGUUUUUAACCCAUCACCUUUUGUUAUACUGUCUCUGGUCAGCCUUCCUCUGAGGUUUUGAGUAGGUUGUGCUCUGACUCAGGAUCCAGGUGAAUGCAAAUGAAUUGCAAGCAAAUCUUGAGCUUGUGCAGGCUACGGGGGGAGAACUAGAGAGAGAGAACUAAUGGUGCACGGAGUGCAAAAAUAACAGGACAGGAAGCACACUUAGGAAAGACAAGGACAUCUAGAGAGUUCAAGUCAUAGAAAUAGAAUGACUCAUUUUAUUUCUCUGGCUCAAGCAUUAAGAGAGAAUGCAAAAUGUGGAAAAUAGAGAGAAAGUGGUUGGUGAGAGUUAAAGGAAGUAUAGAGGGAAACACCUGAGGUCAGAACACGUCUCAUCCUUGGGAACACAAUCAUCACCGAGGACAAAGUUUGAGACUUGUUUCAAUUCCUGCGUGUGAAUCAGCCCCACAGGUAUUUUUCUACAGGCCCUACCGCAGGGACUUCAGGGCUGCUUAGUGACCACUGCGCUACAAAUUCAACAUCUUUAGAAAAAAACAUCCAAAGCACUAUUUGCUAAUUUAAAACGACAAAGCACAACAAACAUCUGGUAGAGGUGGUGGUGUUAGAUGACUCUGUUAGCCUUAGCCGACCUCUUAGCAUAGCGGUCCUUUGGUGUGUAUCAGGCUGAAGGCUACACCCCGGCUAGCCUCGUUUGUGCCUUUAGUGAGAAUUAGGCUAAAGAGUAAACUUUGGCUAGCCAUUUUGACAUAUAGUGGAAACCAAUCUACAGUAUUGAUUGGGUUUUUCUAUAUUCUGUGUCUCUCUUCUUGUGAUAAAUCCACAUAAAUAUUAUGUACAUAUUCUCAAAUGAAGUUAUAGAUGUAAAUAUAGGAUGAUAUACAAAAAUACUAUUGAUUCUUUGGUUAAUGUUAGCCUAGCGUAUCUUGUAAAUACUCAUAAUCUAUUUAAUAAUUAUCAGGAAUCUUGUACAAAGUGUGCACUGACUGAAUGUCUGUCCAUCAGCUCUGUAUGUUUGUGGGUGGAUUUUACCGUAGGCCCUUCUGUACCACUUUGUUUGAUGCUCUUGUUCAUUGGUAGAGUAACUCUGGUACCAUCCGUCUCGUUAAAAACUGCUAGUCUCAUCAUUGUGACUGUGCCGGAGAACCACAUGCCAGGAGACACCUGACUUUGAAGCUUUGAUUGAGGCAGGCCACGAGCUCAAUCUUUGUAUUGACAACACAGCCAAACUGGCACUGUGGUGGGGAGGGGGGGGGGGGGGGGGCAUUGGAAACUUUGUAAAUGUUUGCAGCCGAAAGCGUUUAACUCCACACCUCUAAUUAGAUUGCAAAUUGCUGCUGAACGUGUGCACUGCUCAUGGAUGUUUCUGGUUGUAAGACAUAUCAUUUAAUUCUCCCAAUCAAUCUUGAUUCCCAGAGGGGACAUAACCAGGUUUUACUGCAGUGUGAAGCAGCUGCAGAGGAGUGACAUGGAUUUUCCCUGGAUUUGUAAACAGAUUGUUUUUGUUUUAUGUUGUUUUGUUUUUUAUUCCCUAUGACUUCAGUCCAGCUGUUUUGCAGUGUUAAGCCCAUCCUGAAAAGAUCAGUUAUGUAAUCGGAGUCAAAUUAGAUUUUCUGCUUCUGUUUAUUUGAUUAUCUGUUCCAGUUCAGUGGUGCUGAGCUGAACACAGUGCAGCCACUAAGACGUUUGGAGUAAGACAGUCAUACUUUAAACAACUGAAAGUGCACUGUGCCUUUAAGAUUGGCUAUCUCCAUCUCUUUCAGAGAUGACAAUGACAGGAUCUAAAAUGCUACAUUUUUAUUGUUUGAAACAAACAGCUCUUGUCUUUUGAAAUGUUAUUUACAGACUGACGAUUCUUUGAUCCUUUAAAUAGAAAAACAGAUUUUAUUUAUGCUUCAUAAUCAUUUUAUGUGGAAGUUACAAGAAUUCUUCAUCUAGAUUUUCAGAUCUCAACAUGUUUCACCUACACAGUAUACACAGAGUAGAUCUGUAGUUUAAAAAAGAAGACAAACCUUCCUGUUUCACUUUAAAUUUGCUUUUCUAACUUAAGCGCACACACACACACACACACACACACACACACACACACACAUGCACACACCACAUGAUUCAGUCAGUCAAAAGCCUGAUCUGGUCAUGUAAUCCAAGUUGUUAUAAAGUGAAAUAAAAGCGACACCCUGGUUUCGUUAGCUGUGGGGAGAGGCAGCUGCUCACAUCCUCUAUUCGUCUCUCGAGCACAAUCACACACACCUGAUCACACUCAGGAGAAAAGCACUUUGAGGACAACGCACUGUGGUGUGUAGGGAUUUAAACAUGCGAGAGAGGCACAGCCAGAGAGCCAGAGACAAACAAAAACAUAGAAAAUAACAGGCACCGCUGUUUUGUUAGCCCACUGUGCUGUAUGGUGUAAUAAAAAAGGAACAAUGAUGAGCUGAUGAAAGCAGAGCUGUAACCAAAGCAGUGGGUGAGACACAGCUAGGAGUUCUUCGCAUUAGACUGAACUGCAGUCUGUUAAUAGCACUCCUCCUCCUCUUCCUAGAAAUAACACUCUUUGUCUUACAAGAAACAAUGGGUUCCAUAACCUUUUAUUAUGUUGACAGGCUCACACUCCAAAGCAGCGACUGAACACCUUCAGCAAAUACAUGAAAUAAUGAACUGCAAAAGAAUAGAGGAAAUGAGGAGAUCGUAUGGCAGGCUGCUAACGGGCAUCACCUAAAGAGCCCUUAAGACGAAACAAUAGCCUGGAAACCUUUUUUGUUUAUGUUCAGUCAUGUAUUUGGAUUCAAUGAACCAAUGGUUCCUGAACUUUUUGGCUCGGAACCCCUUAAAAUAUCCACUUGAGACCCCAUCACAGGUUACGGCCUCAGUGUGAGCAACCAAAGAUGAAUGUUUACUGGUCAAAAAUAUUCAAUACUAUUUUCGAUACUAGAUGGUGAUACUAUCCAGUGCUAGAUAGAUAUAACGAGAGUAUGCCAUGACAAAGGUGACUUUUCUUUCUGUAGUUAGGAACAGACAACAACAGAAGGGGUGUGAAAGGUUAACAAUGAGAGAGAGCGAGAAAGUGCAGCAGGCACAGGUGUAUCAAUUCUGCACUGAAGCUCUUUAUACUUGAUAUGUAUCGAUAAAACUAUAUUUUUGACAACACUACUUUAAACAAGACGGGGCCUAAUAGCCCCAGAGGCCCCAGAAGUCCCACGUUUAUUCCAUGCCAAACUAUGUUAAUUGAACAAAGUUUUGCAUUGUUAGCUGAUCUUGUCCUCUCCUGUCUUGUAGAGGAAGCACGUGUCAAAGCCAAGCUUUAAGACCUUUUUAGACUUGUUGCAUAUUCCUACAAAAAUUUUUGUUUAAUCAAAUAACCUCGCUGAGAUAUUGAAAACCUUUUUCUUCUUUUAAACAUUUUUUUAUGUUGGCAUUUUUCUGUUUUAUUGGAAAGUCCAUAUUGAAAAAGCAGACAGGAAACAAGAGGAAGGAGAGAGGUAUGACAUGAAGCUAAGGUUCCUGGCCCUGCCCUGACCAUGUUGAGGUUAUGUGGCAUUCAACUGCACACUUGAAAACCAGGGCAUUCGUCAGGUGGUAUCAUUCCAGCAUAUCAGUGUCUGGGUGAAUUUUGAAGUUUCUACAUAUAGGUUGCUGGUUGCACUGUGUUAGAUGGAACUUGGAGGCAACAGGAUAUAUACACAAUUUACUGUACAGAGGGUCAGCAAGGGCCCAACAGUAUGUUUCUGCGCUUGGGACAGAGGUAACAGGUAUAACAGGUACAGUUCAGCCUUGUGUCUAAAGCUCAAGGUGACAGUGUCCAGUAUUUCCAAAUAAAAAACAACUUUGCGAAAAGUUGUAAAAAAAACAGACAAACAUGAUUUUGUGUGGCAGAGACUAUACUCUCACUUAAAUCAUCUUGUGACCCCUCACACUUAUCUUGGGACCCCAAGUUGGAAACCACUGGUCUAAACUAUAAGGCAUUUUCUUCUGCUUUGUUGUGACGAUAUUACAGCUAUCACAGCAACAAUUGUAGAUUGGUGGAAAACACAAAAGACAUAAAAAACACAUUAAAGUUUUUGUCUGACUCAUACACUGGCCCUCCAGUGUAUGAGUCAGACACUGAAGGAGGCCAUCAACAUAUAUAAAUUUACAAGUGUUUCUCAUAGUUAACAUUUCACCCAAAGCCUCUUUGUUCAUUUGAAGGCGUUUCAAAGAGACUCAAAAAGCGUCAAUCUAAUGGUAUUUCCACUUGAUUCAAGAACAUCUUGAGAGCAGGAGGCCUUAAUUGAAAAGAAAUAAAAUUGCCUAAAAUAACAUAGUAAACACCAUUUGUAGUUAAUGGGCUGAAACAUGCCAAACCACCGGUAAACUUUUCCUUUUAAACGGGACUAUUUUUGGAUGGAUAUAGUUGCAGCUAAACACUAUUCUGCAUUUAAGGAUCUUCACUGGUUGCACAAAUGUUUUAAGCCAACAACCAAAAAAUCCAAUCGAAAAAACACUGUGGUAAAUAAAGGCAUCUACAUACGGCCAUUAACUGUUAACAGGUUUAAUAUGUUGGCAAUUGGCACUUUUAUUUGCUCUGUGUUCACUGAAAUUGAUACGAUUGCAUUCAUGCGUCAAGAGUGUUGCGUUGUCGUAUGGUCUGGUAACAUGCUCAAAUACCUGGGCUACUGUUUCUUUUGUUCUGUGACUGUAAUAAUAUACUGAGAAUAAUUGGUUUCACUGUUAUUAACCAAUGCUGUUACCUGACUGCUGAUGUGUUUCAGCACCAUGACUUCAGUUGAACGUCAGUGCUUCAUUGUAAAUGACAGAGAAGUGUUACAUAUUGCACCGUAUAAAUUGUAUCUGGUUUAUUUUGUGCAUGAGUAAAGUCAUACUUAAUAACUGUUGAAAUGUUUCUAAUUAGUGAGAGAAAAUAUGAAAGACAGGAUGCUGUUCAAGAAUGUUUUUUGUCUGAGGUUCGGUUGAUUGGAAACGCUGUGCUGAAUCUACAAAAGGGCAUUGGAAGGAUUAUAAAGGAACUUAUAAAGGAAAGUAUAUGUUGUUUAGUUUAAGUAAAGACUUUGCUACCAUUGUCAUUAUUUGCCUCUGAAUAAUUUGUAUCCUAAUGUUUACAAGGUGAGAAGUUGAGGCUGUUAUGGAUGUGUAUCAUAUCUGUAAUUCUGUGUGUUUAUCCAUGUGUUGAACUGUUGGACUGACAGACCAGGGCAGAUGGGCAACACUGUGACUAUAACCUGUGAAAAUUGCUUUGGCACAAAUGAUUUCAUCAAAAAGAUGUAGUAACAUUAGACACUGCUGGUUUGAUUUUGACACAACAAAGAGAUGAUGGACUUUGGCUUGUUGUUAAAUGAUUACAAUGAGCCAAAUUUUACAAUUUUAAGGUCUACAAAAUUUGGGUUCAGCACAAACUUUGCAUCAAAGGCAAAUGGUAUGUGAAAUUACAGUGACAAAUAGUCAAUAGAAAGUGUUUAAAUCAGUUGUCUGGAGAAAGCUGAAUCCAGAUUGUUGGGUCAUGACUUUUCUGUUUAUCUGAAAUGCUUCUCAAGUCCAACCGUUGUAGGUACGAGGUAUUUCCAGUAGCGUGGGACCAUCCACUGUUAAAAUAAGGGCAUGUAAGAGUCCUUGCUUACAAUCAGGUUCCCACAACAAUAAGAACUAAAGAAGCUCUUUGGAUAAACAGUGAAAUGUCUUCAGUCAAACUCAUGUCCAGGGACAUAGUACAACCUGGAUGAUUGAGAAGGUCUUUCACAUACGUCAUUGGUUUUGUAGCAGGAUUUACAAAGUAGCUUCUGUUAAAGGCACAGUUUCAAAGUUUGGGUAGUACAUCUCUUUAACUUUCUGACCAUGAGUCUGAGAUUGAUAAGGACUGAUGCCACUUUCAUGCCCGUGAGUUGUUUAAGUGUGGAGCUAAAGCAGGGGGCCAGCCUAACUCUGUCCAAAACUCAAAAAUCUGCCAACCAACACCUCUAAAGCUCAUUAAUUAACAUGUAUCUGUUUUUUUUGGUCUCAGUCAUGGUCUUUAUGGUUUUAGGAGAAGUUAUGUAGUGUAGCUGUUUGUAGACAUAUAACUCUUUGUCUGUCCAGCCAGCACUUUUGUGCAACUUCUCCCUAGACCUCUCCUUGAAAGUCGCCAGUUUCCCCACAGUAACUCUCCACUCCACAAAUAUUUGACCGUAAAGGUUCAUUCUUGACCCGGGGAUAGCUGUGAUAAUCUUUCAGCCUAAAUCUUCUUGAAGAGCUGAGUAAGUAACAUGAGUUGGUCAUGCAUAUUUGCUUCUAAGGUCAAGAAAAUACCACCACUACCUCCUUGUGCUCAAGUAUUGUGCUAUCAUAGACGUCAUAGGUCCUUAAAGUUCUGAGUCCAAAAUUGCUGACGAGAUGAAGGUUGUGGGAUACAGCCUAAAGCCUUUGGAAUACCCAAUUAAGUGAAUUGAUUUAAGAACUGGUUUCAUCACAGACAACAUAUGGUUGUUGUUUUUUUAGUUUUUUUUUAACAGAGUCAGGCUAGCUAUUUCCCCUUGCUUUAUGCUAAGCUAAGCUAAUCACCUCCUGGCUCCAGAUCCAUACUGAGCACACCACACAGACAUCAGAGUGGUAUCAAUCUCUUCAUCUAACCCUCGCCCACAAAGAGAAUAGUGUCAUUUCCCAAAACGUUGCACUGUUCCUGAAAAAUUGUCUGUUUUUCCUGCAUAUGCUAAAUAUGCCUGUCCACCGCCACUGUACUGAUUUAUGUUACGUAAUUACAACGUAUAGAAUAGGUUAUGCUUGUGUCACAUGAAAAGCCCAUAUAUCCUGGUCUACAGACUGAGUCAGUUUUGUACACUGACAGAAUUCAGGACCACUCACCUCCAUUUCCUGUCAGGGGGCUCUUAGCAGUGCCCCCUGCAGGACAGUAUAUACUCCUGUACUCUCUGUGAAAACCUCAGCACACUCUCAGUGCCUCUGAACAACGUUGCCAAUAUACCACUGACUGACUGACUGGAUGGAUGCCUGGACGACUGAUAUACUGAUUUCUGAGGCUGUGUGUGUGUGUAUGUGUGUGUUUUCUGACAGAUGAAUAUGAAUAAACGUGCAGAUGA